CCGCUUCCACGUGGUACCGCCAGCCAGUGCUCAGCGGUAGCUUCGAGUCUGCUCCAACUUGACUAUGUUCUCGCAAUUACGCCAAGUAGUGGAAACCCUGGUGCAAGACCAGUCCAGUCCUGGCGACGAACCACCAAGCAGCACCCGCGCUCGUUCGCCGGACGUGAACACAUCCCGCUCUUCAAGUCAGCUUGCUGAAUCCGCCUUCCUGAACUUGCGCAAAUCAUUGGCGACGCAGCGUGCUGGUACUGUCCUUCCACAACGAUCUGCGAGCCCCCAGUCGCGUUCUGGCAGUCCUCAACCACCCUCAGUCCCGAAGAGCAGUAGCGACACCGGCCUGCGCAAGUCAACACUCGAGGAACGACUACGUGCCUCGUUUACUGUCGGCGAAACGCCGAGCAGUGCAACAUCCAACCCGUCUUCCUCCAGGGCAUCGCCCGGCCCCGAUACCUCGCCUGCUCCUCAGAAUGCGCUGUCACCCGAGUUAAUACCCCUGCCUGGGUCCCCGAUCCAAGCUACGCCCAACUUUCCGACCGAAGAAUGCACCAUACCUGCUCCCCAUUCUCCCUCUCCUCCGCUAACAUCGUUGGAAAAUACGGCCCCUUCGACACUAGAUUCUGAGUUGCAGAAUGUGACGGUCCCAUCGAGUGUGUACAACCAGCUCGGGGUUGAACCGCGCGCAUCAGGUACUAACACCAACGGCGAUGUCGCACAAGGGCUGGCACCGGAACAUGUCGACGAUUGCCCCACAGUGGCAACGAUCUCUGCAGGCAGUAACACCAAAGCAGACGCACAUCUCUCUCCAGAUCACCUAGAAACGCCCCCUGCUUUUCAUGAGUCCCCGGUUUCAGUCAUCCCUCAGACUGCGGAUGUGGAAGCUCUACAAGAGCGUCUGAAGCUUGUGGAGCAACGAUUUACAGACAUGUCCACGUCUUUCAAGAAGCUUCAGGCCGAACGGUUUGCAGCUGACGCCCUUAUACGCGAGUUGACUCCAUUGGAGGACGUUAAAAAUGUAGCAGCUUUACGCGACUACCUCACGAAUAUGAACAUGAAGCUCGAGUUGAGCCAAGACGAAUUACAGCGCCUUGGAGGCAAACUCACCCGUCAGGAGGAACGCAUCGAAGAACUUCGAGAUGUUCAUCGCCUUGAGAUUGCAUCUCACUUGGACCAAGCCGGAAAGCUGAAGCAGCAACUGGCAGAGGCAGAGGCUCUUAUCUCUGCAUCACAAGCUUCUGCAAGUCAAACUGAAGAAGAGGAGAUCAAAAAGAAGAGCGAGAUCGCGCAGCUAAAUGCCGACGUGUCGAAGGCAAAGGAAAUGGCAAAGGAGGAGGAAGAAAAGCGCGUUAAAGCCGUCAGCCUGCUGAAAACGGUGAGGCAGAAGCUAGUCAAGGCAGAAAAAGAGAGAGACGACGCGGUGAGGGAGCUCAACGAAAUAAAGGAGCAAGAAAGGCAGGAGCGCGAGAAGUUGAAGUCGGAGAGGGUGAGGUUGCAGAGUGAGGUUGAUGCUGUCAACCUCGAGCGCGAAAAGGCUGUUGCUGGCCUGCGAGCGCAAUUCGACAAAGAGCUGGCGGCCGUGAAUGAUCGGGCGGAGAAAGAGAUAUCCUCGGCAAGAACGCAGUUCGCUGCAGAGUUUGACAGGCUAAAGACUUCCCAUUCAGCUGAACUAGCCGCUAAGGAAUCUCACAUAUCAACCAUGGAGAAGUCAGUGAACAACCUUUCAAACGAGAACAAAUCCUUCUUUAAUCAGCUGCAGCUGCGACAAGCCGAACUGGAGUCAUCACAGCUUCAUGCCGAGUCCUUGCAGAGUCAAAAUACUGAGCUCCAGUUUCAACUACGGGCUGUACAAGAGAGAGUUGCCCUCCUUACUGAUGAACUUAGCGAUCUCCGCAGUGAACACGAAAGUCGAUUGCAAGGGUGCGGUGCUUUAACGGAGGACGUCUCACAUUUGAUCAAUUCUGUGGAGACGAAAUACGAGGCAAAAAUUUCAGAGCUUAGGAGAACAAUGGCUGCUGCGGAGCGAGAACGCACCGAAAGCGAAGCCAACUGGAGCAAAAAACUACUGCUGAAGGCCAGAGAAGCGGACGAGCUUCGGUCCUUCUUGCAAACGUCUACGCGGUCCCGCGAGCAGGAGGAGGAUGUUGCAGAGUCCCUUAGAACUGUGGUUGAAAGACUCAAAGGCGAUGCUCAGCUGCAACAGAGUCGUCUUUCCGAACUGCAGUCAUUGGUUGAGCAGAUGAAGGCCAACGAGACAACUCUACAAAGUCAUCUGUCCGAAGCCAGGGCUGAAGCGGACGAGCACAGAAUGCAAGCCGGUGAAAGCAAAGCACGAGAAGCCCAGUUGCGCACCCACAACAAGACACUGCGAGAGGAGCUUCGUAAGGUACAAAACUCGGCUACCUUGCUGGAGCGCCAACGUAAUCCAGGCGUGGGGUAUUGGUCCUCCCGGACUGGAACUGCGGACUCGCGGACGUCAGUGUCAUCUCCGUCAGACACUCCCUCCCGCGCUGCGUCUCCGGAACCGCAAACAGCAGCUACCGUAGCGAAACGUGAUGAAGAUAUCAACUACGAGUAUUUGCGGAAUGUCAUCCUACAGUUCCUUGAACACAAGGAGAUGAGACCCAACCUCGUACGGGUCCUGUCAACCAUCUUGCGGUUCACCCCUCAAGAAACUCGCCGGCUGAUUGCAAAAGUCUAGUUAUUCCAGUAACGGUCUUAUCUAUACCGCAACGAGAGUCUCUGGUAGAUUUUCCAGCAUGCCCCAGGUUUACUCGGGAAUUGUGCUGCAGGAUAAGAUUAAUAUAGUCCUGGUGAGAAGUGCAAAGCUUGUCAGUAGUCUGAGCGUUGCCCGAGGGAGGAUAUCGUAGUCUAUGCAAUCCUGGGCUUAAUUU